GACAAAUAUUCCCGUCAUUAUGAAAAUGUACGUUUCUUUUAAGUUUGUUGGUUCUGAGAAGUUAUCAGCAUUUUAAAGGCUUUCAUAGAAUGGCCAAUCCUGAUAUUUGUCCAGGAAAACGUUUUAAAAUUAAUUGAAUAACUACCCAAGACAUGUCAAGCCGCAAAAACGUAUUUAAAUAUAGAAUUUACGAGGACACUCCAAAAAAGUUCACAAGCCCAGAACAAAUUACUUGUCAGCUGAUUAUCGACUUUCCCACCGAAUCAUCAACGAGUGGAAUUCAUUACCUCAACACGUGGUUGAAGCUCCAUCCGUAGAUUCUUUCAAAAGAAAGUUGGAUCAACUGAGAGAACACGAUUGCCAGGACUAACACAGGCCAUCAAGCCUCCUGUCCUUUCCAAACUGAAAAAUUGGGAGCUUGGGGAUGGCAGUUAUAACUGCCAUAUAUAUACAAAAAAUAUGCGACAAAGUCCCUACAAAAAUUAUUUAGACUGCUGCUCUGUCUAAAAUAUGCUUUAAUUGAUAGUUUGAUGUAUGAGAUAACCCAUUAAACAGUAAAGCAAUUUAUCUUUACUAAUAGUCCUCACAUAACUGCAUUCAAAAUAUCUAUUUUGGGGGGAAUUUGGGAAAAUUAAAGUGCAGAAAAUCAUUCUCACCAAUCUUAAUAGAAAACUUGCGCUUAAAAUGUUCUUUUUGUAAAAAGGCUUACCGAAAUUCCUCUUAAAACCAAUUUUCCUCAGAAGUAUACUCUUUCCUUAAGAUUCAACUAAGCAAUCUAAUUUUCCCUUCGGAAGUUCACGUGUUUCCAAAAUACACUAUAUCCACGUAUGUUGUUUGUGUUGCAGUCAGUACAAACCAUAAGAUCAACGGAACCGUAUGUUUACCGAUUUGUAGACUACAAUAGAUUUAUUAGUCAUAUGCAGGAAAAUUACUAUAUGGAGUAAUAGCUUGUCACAAUAUCACCACAAAAGUUUUGUGAUCUGUGUUUUAUAAAAAUGUUUUGACCCUUUGAAGUUAACUUCCGAAGUAAUUUGUUAUGUGUGCAACUCAUCUGAAAUUCUGUGGAAACUUUGUAUUUAGUGAAAAACGAGAUUCAAAUACUUUUAGGAUUUAAUAUAAAUCCUGUUAUGGUUCACAACGUUUAGCGUAAAGAAUCUACAGCUUAGAGCACAUUGUUAUUGAAUUAACCAUUUAUGAAGCUUUUGACUCCUCUGUUUUUCUCUUUAAAGCCUAUACAAAAAAAGUUGGAUACUGAUACACUGUAGUUAAGCAAGCAGUAUGGCGUUAUCUUGAAGAAGCUUAAACCCCUGCUCCAUUGGUUGGAAGCAUCACACUUUCAUGUUAUUUAUCAUAAUUAAUUGUGCAUAAAGUAUGUUUUAUGUGUGCUACUUUGUUUAAUCACCAAUGAAUUUAAGUCAUUUGCCUUGUCAAGUCAAAUUCUAGGUAGAGUAAAUUAGUUUAGAGAGUGUAUAUAAAUACUUAUCCUUUGUUUUAAGAAUCUCUGAAUUAAUGUAUAAUUUUAAUAAUCUUACAGACCCUGUGUAUUCUAACGUACUAAUCCCUGUCAACGCAAUAGCAUAACACAAGUAAAGUGAAAAAGUGGUUAUCUUGUUAAAUCUUCAUGUAUUUUAAAAGUUCUCGUCUCAAAAUCCACACUCUUAAGUGGUACAAUAUCGUAUCAUAUACUGGAUACUUGUCAUCAAAUGGAUGCGUUAAAGAUCACCGCUGUAGUUGUUAAACAAUUUAAUUAGACUAUCCUCAAACUUGUUAAAUCCAGUACCAAUUUGUUUAGCCUCCCUCCUAUCAAAUUUCCUCAACCGAUAUUAGUCUUCAAUUAAUGUCAACCAUCCUCAAACCAACAGGACCUCUACAAAUCAUGUGGUUGAAUUUAUGUAGUCCUGUUUACUCGUAUACCUAAGCGUAGCAAAUUCGUUUGACGUAUACACCUUCGUUUUGUAUUUGUUUUUAUUUGACUUUUAGCAACGUGCUUACUACCACAAUUAUUUGUUAAAAAUAGAAAAUAAACGUCUUUACUGAACUUGUGAAUUUUUGUUUAGCAUGUCUUUAGCUAGAAAGUGGUGGGAUAAAAAUGAAUCAACUACGAAAAGGUAUUCAUCUGCCGAUAUACAGCCUAUUGGUGAAUAUUUACAGGAGAAAUUUUCUCAUGGAGUCGACUAUAAUAUGAAGAUUGUUAUACGCGGUGAUCGUAAUGUUGGAAAAUCAGCUUUACUUUCGCGUUUGAAGGGUGAACGAUUUAAAGAAGAAUACAUCCCAUCCUAUGAGAUUCAAUUGGCUAACAUUCAUUGGAAUCACCAGAAUUCUCAAAGUGUAAUUAAAGUAGAAGUUUGGGAUGUUGUUGAUAAAGGCAAACCUAGGAGUAGUGCUUCGAAAGGCUUAAAGUUUUUCAACAAACUAACAAAAGGCCAACCUGUUAUCAAUAUUGGUGGACAGGCUGGAAAUAUUGAACCAUGCCUAGAUGCAAGUUUUAUUAAUGUCUACAAAGGUGCACAUGGUGUUAUCUUAAUGAUGGACAUGACAAAAUCAUCGACAUUUGAAUAUGUAUGUCGUGAACUUGUACAAAUUCCUCCAAAACUGCCCAUAUUAAUUAUGUCAAAUUUCCAUGAUAUACAAGAACAACGUAAAAUCACUGAAAAACAAGUUCAAAUGUUCCUCAAUGAUUCUAUUAUGCAAUUGAAUCAGUAUAAUGUUACAUCUGAUGAAAAAGUCAAUGAAUUAUCAAGAAAUAUUCAUGUACAAAAUUCAUCAUCAAAUCCAAUUCGCUCUAUCCCCGUACAAUAUUGUGAAUCGUCAAUGAAAACCGGUUUAGGUUUGAUGUAUGUGUAUAAAUUCCUGAAUAUACCAUUUUUAUGUCUACAACGUGAUGUACUACAGUAUCAAUUGAAACGUAAUUAUAAUGAAAUGAUUCAUGUUUUAUAUGAGUUAAGUCCAAAAACUGAUAAUCAGACACCAGAACAACGUUUUAGUUACAUCGAUUCUGGUCAGAAAAGAACAACUGAUGAAUCGUCAUCAUCACAAACGUGUCCUUUUUCUGUGAUAAAAGAGAAUGUUGUAAGCUUUCCGAUUAAAUUAACUGAAGCAAAUAGGACAACAGUAAUCUCUUUCAACCCAUCCAAUAUGAAUAAUGAAAAUAAUUUUGAUAAUAAUCGGAGUAAUGUUCAUAUAAAAAGAGAUGAAUACAAUGUAAUUAAGACUAAUGAAAUCAAUGAAGAGUUGAAACAGAAUCCAAUGGUGAUAGCAUUCAGUGAAGAAAUUGAUCCUGCUGAUAAUGAAAUAUAUUAUCUUAAUAACAAUACUAUUAGUAUUACUAAUAAUAAUCAUUCAGGGUCACCUACGGGAUCGUAUGUAACAUUUACUCCGAAUAGUGAUAAUGAAAAUAAUGCUUUUAAUAUUAAUGAUGAUAAUUUACAUCCCAAAAAUAAUAAAAAUUUAUCCUAUGAAAUAAUGGAUGAAUUACAGUCAAAGUUACGCUUAGAACAAUGUCACUCUCAUGUAAAAAAUGUUAAUUUGGAUCAUUCAAAUCAGUUCAAUAGGUCCGAAUCGAAAAUUAUAGAUGGCAAGAUGAUAAAGUCUGGACAACUGCGAAAAUCUGAGUCUAGACAAAAUAAGAACGCAGACGAACAGGAAAGUGUACUUGGUACGAACUUAAAAAAUGAUAAAGAUUUGUCAAUAUCUAAUGAAAAUAUAAUUAUACUAACUACAGAUGAUGAUGCCCUGGAAAAAUUUCUUGAAGAUAGCUAAUAAAAACAAGACUCCAUAUCGUUUUUCUUUUGUGCUUCUUCAUAUGUAAUCGUAACUUUCACUCCUAAUCUUUUGUACAAAGGAAAUUAAAUAUACCUUUCCUAUUCUC